UUCAUCAUAUUCUAUAUCCAUUAUAGUAUGUCUUUGUACUUUUUUUUUUUCUUUUUUUUGCAACAAUAAACCAUUUUCCCACCCUCUAUAUAUACAUCUAGCUACAUUCUUAAACAUUUCAUUCAAAUACCACAAAAUAAUAAUCUUUAGAGUAGUACUCCAACUUAUAACCCUACCAAAUAAUAGUAAUGUUACCAUUAUCUUCUAGUAACUCUUCCUUAAGCAUUGCUAGGAUGAUGUUUCGAUACGUUAUCGGGGCAAUGCUAUUGAUGGGGAUGGUAGCUAAAGGGUUUAGGUUUGGAGUUGAUGCAGUGUCCAUGAAUUAUUAUAUCAUGAGUUGUCCAAUGAUUGAUGGAAUUGUUAGAGAUGCUGUUUCUAGGGCUCUUCAAGAUGAUCCUACUUUGGCUGGCCCUCUUUUAAGAAUGCAUUUCCAUGACUGUUGGAUACAGGGAUGUGAUGCAUCAAUCCUUAUUGACUCGACAAAGGAUAAUACAGCGGAGAAGGAUUCUCCGGGAAAUCUAAGCUUGCGAGGAUAUGAACUCAUAGACAACAUUAAGGAUGAACUCGAGGAUCAAUGUCCUGGAGUAGUUUCUUGUGCUGAUAUUAUAGCCAUGGCUGCUAGAGAUGCGGUUUUCUUGAGUGGUGGUCCAAUAUAUGAAAUACCUAAAGGAAGGAAAGAUGGAAGAAGAUCAAAAAUAGAAGACACAAUCAAUCUUCCUUUUCCCACUUUCAAUAGCUCCGAGCUCAUUAGAGUUUUUGGACAACGCGGCUUUACUGUUCAAGAUAUGGUCGCUUUGUCAGGAGCCCACACAUUGGGAGUGGCAAGGUGCGCUUCAUUCAAUAAUAGACUAAGCAAAUUCGAUAAUACACAUGAAGUGGACCCAUCAUUAGAUGCUAAUUUUGCUAGUACACUUACUAAGACAUGUAGUGCUGGUGAUAAAGCAGAACAACCCUUUGAUGCCUCAAGGAAUGAUUUUGACAACCUUUAUUUUCAUGCAUUACAAAACAAGGCUGGUUUGCUUACUUCUGAUCAAACCUUAUUUGAUAGCCCUAGAACUCGAGGCUUUGUUAAUGGUUAUGCUAUGAAUGAAGCCUUGUUCUUCAUGGAUUUUCAACGCGCCAUGGUUAAGAUGAGCUUGCUCGAUGUCAAAGAAGGAGCUAAAGGAGAAGUUCGUAGAGAUUGUAGGAAGAUUAAUUGAUUUUGUUACGUACUUCUUCCAUUUGGGACAUGCCACGUAGAAACGACACAACAAUAUGAAUAAUACUAUUGGUAGAGUUUGAGGGAUUUCUUGUAAUGUAAACUAGAUAUGUUGUGAAUAUGCUUUUACUUUUCUUACUUGUGUAAUUACUAAUUAGUGCUGUGCAUUUUGUUUCAGAAUUUUAUGUAAGGUCAUGCCAUAUGUAAUUUAAUAUAUUAGGUAUGUAUAGGUAAGAUGAAGGUUUCAAGUGUUGAUCCCUUUUGCCAUUUUAGAAUAACAAGUCAUGCCUUUUUAUGUCAUGCAUCAUCUUAUAUUAUAUGACUUUAACAAUUACCAUC